UCUCUGGACUCUUAUUAGGUCGAAAAGAAAAGCGCAGGGCACAGAAACAGAACCGCAUGGUUUCUCCACCUUAAACUAUAGGCGUUGAACACACGCACACUUCUGGUGUGGCUGCUGGAGACACAGGUAACAGCAGUCUUAGAAUUAAACCUUAAUCUCCUCCGAAAGUGCAGGGGCAAUCUCUAGCAAACCGGACCAGAGUGAUCACUGAUUUGACAGAGAAGUCAGAGCCAUGGAAACAAGGACAGAGUAUUUGCCAGAAGAAAUACUCACAGACAUUCUCUUGAGGCUACCAGUCAAGUCCUUGAUGCGAUUCAGGUUGGUAUGCAAAUCUUGGUUUACCUUGUUGAAAAAUCCAAACUUUAUUGCCACCCAUCUCAAUCACUCAUCGGCCUAUAAUUGCAAUCACCUACUUGUUCACACUCAAGCCGAAAACCAUGCCAUCUCAUUGCUAUCAAACAAAACACUCAACGUUACACUAAAGAUAGAUAGUCCUAGAACUCCAAAAGUAGUAGAACGUGAAGUCAUUGUUGGUUCAUGUAAUGGCUUAGUCUGUUUGUCCCGGGACUCAGAGAUUGUCUUAUGGAACCCUGCAACAAAAGAACACAAGGUUCUACCUACACCAAGCAUUAGCACCGAGUGCAGGUCUAUAGGAUUUGGUUUUCAUGUUGAGGAUUACAAGGUUGUGAGGAUGGUGAAUUCUAAUUACCUAGUUAGUGGUAAAAUUACUCCCAAAGUUGAAGUGUACUCUACGAGUUCAGGUUCUUGGAGAGUGAUAAAUGCAAUUAUACCCUGUUAUGUUGAACAGAGAAAGUGUUCGGUGGUCCUCAAAGGAGUGCCAUAUUGGUUGGGGUUUGGACCCAUUUGUCCAAACACAAUCUUUGUACCUCGAAGAGAGGUGCUUCGUGAUGAGUUUGUCUUGUCCUUUGACAUGGGCAAUGAGGUUUUUCUACAGGUUGAUGUGCCUGGUGCUAAAGAUUAUCACUAUAAGUAUAGCAAGAAACUUGGGGUAUACAAUGAAUCUGUUGCUAUAAUGUAUUAUCCUUCCUAUGAAAAAGAUAUCAGAUUUAUUGAACUUUGGGUGAUGAAGGACCAUGUUGUUGAUGAGUGUUGGGUUCAAGUACUUAGAAUUGGACCUUUCUCAACUCUUUGGACUCCAUUGGGGUGUUGGGAAAAUGGGGUGGUCAUAUUGCAGAAUCAUAAGGAUGAGUUGUUACUAUAUGACCCCAUUAUUGGCAAAGCAGAGGCAGUUCCAACUAAUGGAGCUCCAAUGUUUUCUACCAGCAUUGCAACUUACAUGGAGAGCCUAGUUCCAGUGGAUGGAGGAAACAAAGAUCUGAAGGAGACUAAAUUUGUGUGAUGAGGUUAAUUUGAAUUUCAGACACUUUUAUAUUCAAUUCUGUGAUAGUUGUAAAUGUUAGACUCAACCUAGCUUCUGAAAGCCUCUGGGAACCAAUCUAAUUCGUUGCUGAACUUUUUGGUGUGACCAAUUCCACAUUUGCAUUAAGUAAUAGCAGGAUGCCAAUAUUGACUUAGAGGUCUUUAAGAGUUUAAGUCCAUGGUGCUUAA